AACGCGGGGCUAUCGGCCCCAUCGACGUCGUCCACCUCCGCAGAAGAAAGACGACGGACGACGACGCCUCGCUUUCGCUUUCCUAGUACGGCCCGCUCUCACCGCCACCCACUCGGCUGACCCGGCCGUCCCCGCCGCGCACGCGGAAGCCCCCAACACACGCAACCCGGCGGCGCUUUCCCGCCCCCCACCGGGGCCCGGCUCCAGCGACGGCGUCUGGGAUACUGGUGGGAGUCUGGGUCUGGGAUCCAUCCAGUACCCCCGCCAGCCGGGCCCCGCCGCGUGGCCGCGCGCACGUCAGAGUCGCACCAACCUCCGCCGCCGUGACGCCUGGCAAGGCCGGCCGGAGCCGGGACCGGGAGCCUCCACCCGAAAUUCCCGUCCCAUCCACCAUCUCGCCGCUUUUCCACCCUCCUGUGUUCUGCUGCUGCUGCUGUUGGUAGGAGUACUGUUAAAACCUCCCCCCUUCGCCGCCUCCUCGAGACCCAAAUUCUUGCCUACUGCUGUUCCUGUUCCUGUUCGUGUUCGGUAGGAGCACUUGUCAAUUACUGUCAAAUCCCCCUUCGCCGCUUCCUCGAGACCCCAAUUUUUGUUGCGUAAAAAACCCGCAGUGAUCCGCCCAACUCCCAACUAACCCACCGGAUUGGAGCGCGCAUGGUCGAUCGCCGCGGCCGCUGCUGAGCUGCGGGCUGCGGCGGGAGGCGAGAGGUCGUGGGUCGAGGGUAGGAGGCGAUGGCCGGGAUGCUGGGGAGGCCUGGUUCUUGGGGCGGCCUGGUGCUGCGGGUCGGGCAGACGUUCUUCGCCGCCGCCUGCAUCGGCGUCAUGGGCAGCUCGCUCGGAUUCGCCAGCUACACCGCCUUCUGCUACUUGAUUGCAUCAAUGGGACUUCAAAUGCUGUGGAGUUUCGCACUUGCUUGUCUUGAUGGAUAUGCCAUUACAACCAACAAGGAUCUCACCAGCCCCAUUCUAGUGAGCUUGUUUGUCGUUGGAGACUGGGUAACAGCAAUUCUGUCAUUCGCCGCAGCAAGCUCAUCUGCUGGUGUAGUAAUUCUAUUUCAAAAGGAUGUGUUCUUCUGCAGAAGGUAUACCCAACUUCCUUGUGGAAAAUAUGAGCUCGCCACAGCGUUUGCCUUCCUGUCUUGGGCACUCAGUGCUACAUCAGCCUUGAUCAUGUUUUGGCUCCUCGCUGCAUUCUGACUUUGUGUAAAAUUUGGUGGUAGCGAUGUUUAUAGUGCCUACUUUGCUGUUCUCUCCUCAUAGCUCUUACAACUAUAUCACAUAUUUAGCAGACCACGUAGCCCAAAAAUGGAAAGAUGGGAUCAUGUAAAGUCCUUGGAGGGAACAGUUACUAAUGGAAGAAAUUCACUGAACAGAUAAUUUUGCUAUCUGCUGAGUUAAUUGCCUUUCGCUAUCUUUGAUGCAAGGUGACCUUGCACGCUGCAAUCAAGCAGUUCUAUGUAAACAAUCUGAAGCAAGACCUUGCAAUUUUAAUUUUUGACAGAGAUGGCAUUUA